AUGGCGACAGGACUCAGAUACACUAUCUACAUCCUCCUCAGCAUCUUCCUCCUAUGGAACAGCUUUUUUAGGGAAAUCACAAACCACAGAGACCAAUCAGGAGGGGGGUCACCACAAGAGCAUCACAAGACAGAAGGCAAAGGAAACCUCCAAAAUAUAGACGGAGAAAUUGAUUUACAAUAUCUCAG